UCUGGAUGUCACAGAGGCCUCGGUGUACUCAGGAGUUUGUACAGAGAUCUUCAUAAGAGAGUGUGUGAUCUUCCAGAAACCAGUCUACUGCUUUGUUCAUCUGAGCAUUCAGGAGUUUCUGGCUGCAGUCUACAUGUUCCACUGUCACAACAACAGGAAGACUGAUGUGGUGGACGACUUCCUGGGGAUAGAUUAUAAUGAGUCAUCUCUGAAUGUUUUCCUGAAGAGUGUCAUGUAUAAAUCCCUCCAGAGUGAAAAUGGCCACUUGGACCUGUUUGUUCGCUUCCUUCAUGGCCUCUGUCUGGAGUCCAACCAGAGACUCUUAGGAGGUCUGCUGGGUCAGACAGAGAUUAGUCCAGGAACCAUCCAGAGAAUCAUCAACAAUCUGAAGGAGAUGAACAGAGAUGAAACUUCCCCUGACAAAAACAUCAACAUCUACCACUGUCUGAUGGAGAUGAACGACCUCUCAGUACAUCAGGAGAUCCAAGAGUUCCUGAAGUCAGAGAACAGAUCAGAGAAGAAACUCUCUGAGAUCCAGUGCUCAGCUCUGGCCUUCAUGCUGCAGAUGUCAGAGGAGGUUCUGGAUGAGUUGGACCUGCAGAAGUACAACACAUCAGAGCUGGGACGACUGAGACUGAUUCCAGCUGUGAGGAAUUGCAGAAAGGCUCGAUUGUUUAACUGUGGUUUGUCAGAGAUCAGCUCAGGAAAGACUGUUGUGAGUCAAACUGGUCCAAGAAAGAAGGUGAAGGGAAAGAAGAAGUCUGGAAAUGGGAAAACAAAAACCCUGAUCAUGAAGCUGGUGUGA